CGGCAUUUCCGAAAGCGGCAAGGUGGGCAGGCUGCCCUUAGCGGGUACCGUCUGCCUGAGCGAUGCGGCCGAGUUAAGGCAUCCCCUCUGAUACUUGCCUACUUGGGUAGGUAGUACUAUGCCCAGUAGGGCUCGAUGGAUCGUCUUGGCCGCCCCAGUUCCUCAAGGCAGCCACGCUCCGUCUUGGGCCUUCUCACUCACUCACUUUUCGUUUUGGAUUUUUUUUCUCUUCUCCUUAAAAACCCCCUGCAGUUAGUUCAUUGACUUUUCAGGCCAAUCCGCACAAAAGCUCCCAGUAUUUAACCUCCAUUGCGGCUGGCCGCUCCUCUUUGUGCUGGUCCGCUGGUCGCGUGAAGCUUCUGCCCCGCAGUCCAGCAGCUGCUCAGCUUACUGAUAUCACCACCCCCACCUCCUUUUAUACUCUCCUCCCCAGCGCGGCGACCGACCCGGACGUUGUACAAUUGCCCGCCAUGUUCGGUGUAAUCGCGGAUCUUCUGUCUUCGAUCAUUACGAUUCUGCUUCCUAUCUUUGCCUCAUACAAAGCCCUCCGAUCAGGGGACCCUUCCCAACUGGCGCCAUGGCUCAUGUAUUGGGUCGUUCUGUCCGCCGUGCUCAUGGCUGAGUCGUGGACGAUCUUUAUCCUGGGAUGGUUCCCGUUCUAUAGCUGGAUUCGCCUCUUUUUCUUCUCCUAUCUUGUCCUCCCCCAGACGCAGGGAGCCCGGGGUUUAUACCAAGAAUACGUUGAUCCGUUCCUGGAACAUCAUGAGCGUGAGAUUGAGGAAUUUAUCGGCAAGACCCACGAGCGGGCUAAGGCUCUAGGUCUCCAGUACUUCUACCAAGCCCUGGAUUAUAUCCGGGAGAACAUUCUGGGCUUGCCGGCGCAACGUCCGGCACCUCCUCCCCCGCCACCGACCGGCCCGGCUGCCCUUGCGCAGUCACUCCUUUCGCGACUCAAUAUGCCUACUGCUACCGGCAGCACUGCCCCGGCCGCGAGCAACGAUUGGCUUUCUGCCAUCGGGUCUGUGGUGGCGUCCGUUGCGUCUUCUGGCCAGAGUCCUGAAGCACGCGGCGAGGAGUUGUCUGCCAGCGGAACGCUGCUGCCCCGGGAGAUUGCGUCCUUGCCCCGUGCGGAUAGGGCGAAGUUUAUCUCAAGCCAACAGGACAUACUGGAAGUGCUACGCAGCGCCCUGGCCAAGGAGGAACGCGAUCUGCACAACGCGGGCACAGAGAGGGAUGACCUGGCGUACGGUCCACCGCUGCGGAAGAACCGCAGCGAGAACUCAUUUACUCAUGUGGAACAUGAGGACACCCAAGAUCGCUCGUCAGAUGCGCACCGUCGGACGAGCAGCGGCAACUGGGCCUCCGGUUGGUUUGGAAGUGGGGAGGACGCCGGUGCCUCGGGCGUAGACAAUGGACAUGAGGGCGCGCGGAACCGGGCUCAUUGAAUAGACUAAGCAGGUAGUUCUCUUGUAUGAGACUAGUGUUCCUGUUCAUCGAUCAAAAAGUAGCAUGAUAGGAAAGGAUUCCUUGAGAGUGAACCCAGCUACACCCUAGC